UGCGUGCGUGAACGAGCGCACACGCCUGUGUGUGUAUAUACCCGCGUGGCUGUGUUGUGCGUGAUUGUAUAUAUUCAUGACGAUCGGCCUCGAAGUGUGAGGCACGUUCGAGAGCAAUAGCGUUAUUAUUUCUGACCGUUUUCAUCGAUAUCAGGGUGGAUCGUAGGAAGAUAUGACAUUAGGUGACAUGCCUCGAGAAGUUGAUCACAAUGGGAGAUUUCGCUCGCGCAGACGAGGCAGCACAAGUAGCGACGUAAACCGUCACAGCUUCGAGAACAGCGACAAAAGACACCGGAGACAUGGCAAAAGCAAGAGCUCUAGCAAGAAAAAGAAGAAACGUUCACGCGAUAAAUCCACGGAAAAUGUUCCGACCGUUGCAUCCUCCGUUGUUAAACCUUUGGUAGAAUACUCUGAUGUGAGUAGCGAAGAUUUGUCCGAGCCGGAAGCCGGCGAGAUACAAUCGGAGGAUAGCCGCGGCAAUAGUUACACGGACGGUGAAGUACCUGAGCCACUUCUUCAAAGGCGAUAUUAUGGUGGUAGUCCAGUUCGCACUACCAUCGCAGUGUCACCAAUCAGCUUGUCGCCGUCAUCGCCGCCGCUUCCACAUCGACACUCGAGCAGGCAUUACUCGCCAAAUGAACAAUCAGCGACAAUGCACGCGUCCGAAUAUGAGGAAGAGCCGAGACGGUAUACUCGACGAAAGGAGAAGAAGCACAAGCGCGAGAAGAAGAAGAAGAAGAGCCUCAGUCCAUUAUCUAAUUCCAGCAAGAAGAAAAAGAGAAAGUCCAAGAGGCAUUCUCGUAGUAUAAGUCCGCAUGGAGGUGUGACAGUUGAUGAGGUCGCUAUAACUCCGGAGCGUGAAAAAGUUAGCGGCAAAUGGUCGGAUUCGCCGUUGCCUUUGAAGGAUAACAUGUCGCCGAUCUCGCCGGCGACGCCGCAUGAGCAAAGGUGUUUCAGCGACGUGGAGAUGGAGAUGUCGAGGCAGCCACGAAAUGUUACGCCGCCUCCUCUACCAUCGAUGCGACAGACGGAAUCGCCGCAUACUCCGCUGCUACCGCCACGCGCUACGACGCCGGAGUGUAAAGCUUCGUUGAAACACAGUCCCGACCGUGGACGGGAUAAACAUAGUCCUAACCUACACGUACGACGUAGCAGUGUCAGCCCAGGAGCAUCUGCGCCACUUGGUUCUGGUCGCAGAAGGCCUCACAGCCCGAGCCCGCCGUCGAGACGAAGAGAACACAGCCCGUCACGGAAAAGAGACUUCAGUCCUGUUCCAGCGCUUCACACUAGACUCAGGCAUAGUCCAAGUCCUGCCACAGUCAGACGACGCGAAUUCAGCCCGAGUCCUGUGAGUCACAGGCGACGAACAGAGACGACCACUUCUCCACCGUCUAAACGGAGGAGACGAGAGGACUCUGAUCGACGUCAUAGACAUCACGAGAAGGAUAGGAGAGAUAAGCGAAAAUCGAGAUCCACUAGAAGUCCUACCAGUAGCAGGUUACAUGUACCUCUUUCCCGAUCACGAUCUCGUAGUCCUGGUAGAUGGCGAAAGCAGUCUCGUUCAAGGUCACAUUCACGCAGAAGAAGUCGUACCCCGAAGAAAUCGCAUUCACCCAGCAAAACCCACAAGUCGACAAGGAAACAUAAGUCAAAGAGCCCACGUCCGAGAAUACCUUCUCCUUCCCCUCACAGGUCCAGAGCCAGAAGUCCGUCGAGCAUCACCGCCCGAAAUCUCAGAGUACAAGCGAAAAUCAGUGAGACUAGCCUAUUCGCGGAGCUUGUGAAGGACCGGAACAUGAGGGAACUUGCAUACAAGAAAUUGCAAGCCGCGAAGGAGAAGGCCGUUACCCAAGACGAUGUGCAGAUCAUAGAGGGCCUUGAGGAGAAAGACAGCAGUAACGUGUCUAUAGAAAACAAGGCUUCCACUGAUAGCAAGGACAAACCGGUGAAUCACAAGGACCAGCUCGUUCAGCUCGGCAGUGAAGACACGGCAGUCAAGUCUGUCGACGUCGUCGACAUUCCCGUGCCGAUAAGCGAUGACAAUAGUCUGGCUGGCAAAACGCCGCCGUUACCAGUCAGCCAGCCAGCCAUACCGCCGGCCCCGACAACUGCGUUAAAUUUGACUUCCAACGUGAUUGUACAUACCUCGCCCACCACCUCGUCUGCGGUAGCUAACAAUUGCCCGAUCGCACCCUCCCAUAGUCCAAACUUCCCGGCGCACACGGGUGUACAACCGCCGCCGCCACCACCACUGCCGCAAUCCGAGCUCGCGUCGACAGUAUUGCCACCAGUAUCUGUACCUGUGCCGGCUAUGUCGGUGCCAAUUCCACCGGCACCAGUUCUACCGAACAUGUCUGUUCCACCACCGCCUAUCCCGAUUCCUGUGCCGGCGCCGAAUACGAUCAUGUCCAAGUUCAAUGCUCCCAACAAUCUGGUGCCUCUCAAAUCAGUGGACCCGCCCAAGCCUCCGAUAGUAGCCUUUAAGACGAAAAGCUUGUCGAGGUUGCCGUUACCACCUGGAAUCAAUCAGAACGACUUGGAGAGCAUCGAUUCUCCGCCGAGUCGUUCUCCUAGUCCGCCUAGUAAAAUGCAAAUGAAGCUCCCAACUUCGACGUCGAAGCUGCCGCAGAAGAAGAGCAUCAAGGAUCUGCCGAUGCCACCAGUCGUGCCUGGAUCAGAAGAUCUAAGCGGCGAGGACGAUCCAAACGCAACUCCACCGCGCUUGAAGAUGGAACGAAUGGCACCGAAGCCGAAACUGAAGAGACCAAAAAUACUGAAGCGACGUGGCUCACGAAACUGUCAUACUCCCACAUCAGCCUCCGGUGGCAAGGAUUGGGGUGAACGCUGUGUGGAUGUAUUCGAGUUUAUCACACAGAUCGGAGAGGGUACUUACGGACAAGUAUACAAAGCGCGAGAUAAGCGGUCCAGCGUGCUUGUAGCUUUGAAGAAAGUCCGGUUGGAAAAUGAGAAAGAGGGCUUCCCUAUUACGGCGGUUAGAGAAAUCAAGAUUCUACGUCAACUAAAUCACAAAAACAUCGUUAAUCUUAGGGAAGUUGUCACUGAUAAGCAAGAUGCACUGGACUUCCGAAAGGAUAAAGGUUCCUUUUAUUUAGUUUUUGAAUACAUGGACCACGAUCUAAUGGGUCUUUUGGAGUCUGGUAUGGUGGAUUUUAACGAGAUGAAUAACGCCAGUAUUAUGAAACAGUUGCUAGAUGGUUUAAAUUACUGCCACAGCAAGAAUUUUCUGCACAGAGACAUUAAAUGCUCGAACAUACUGAUGAAUAACAAAGGCGAAGUUAAACUGGCUGAUUUUGGGUUGGCGCGUCUUUAUAACGCGGAGGACCGACAAAGACCAUAUACUAACAAGGUGAUUACUCUGUGGUAUAGACCUCCUGAACUGUUGUUGGGAGAGGAACGUUACGGACCUGCAAUCGAUGUAUGGAGUUGCGGAUGUAUAUUAGGAGAGUUGUUUUGGAAGAAGCCUUUAUUCCAGGCCAAUGUAGAUAUGAUGCAGCUGGAAUUGAUUUCGAGAGUUUGUGGUACACCUACUCCAGCUGUUUGGCCUUCUGUGAUAAAAUUGCCACAUUGGCAUACACUUAAGCCAAAAAAGUCACAUAGAAGACGUUUGAGGGAGGAUUUCUCAUUUAUGCCAGGCCCAGCUUUAGAUCUCCUGGAUAAAAUGUUGGAAUUAGAUCCCGAGAAGCGAAUAACAGCAGCGGACGCACUCAAAAGUGCUUGGCUGAAGAACGUUCAACCUGAACAAAUGCCAGCGCCGCAGCUUCCUACCUGGCAGGAUUGUCAUGAACUUUGGUGGAAAAAGCGAAAACGCUUGUUAAAGGAACAACAAGAUAACGCUACCACUAAGAUGCCUCUUCUUCCGUUCCCAAAUAAAGGAGGCCCUCACAAGGAUGAUCUAUCAGAUGUCGGGGGGUAAUCGUAUCUCCAAAGAAGCCAUCCAACAGGCAACAUACGGAAAUUACUUGGAAAAUAUUACUUGUUUACCAGUGUGCUUGAUGUUCUCUAAUAUAUAUAUACAUACAUAUAUAUAUAUAUAUAUAUAUAUAUUUAAAGUAAUAAUAAAAUGUAUGUUACUUUUUCUACUUAUUCCACAAGUGCUUUUAUACGUUUAGCGUGCUUCGUUAUUUAUUAUUUCUCGUAGAAAUAAACGUGAUUUGUUAUGUUACAUUCUUUGAUAUAUAAAUAUAGAACCACUGAUAAUAUAGAUAGAACUUCUGAUAAUAUAACAAGUACAACAACCGAGUAAAUAGCAUAAUGGAUACUAAAACAGUUUGUUCUAUUUGAAGUAAUAAAUUAAUAUUUUUAAUAUAGGUAGAACUUUUUCAAAAAGAAGUUGGGCAAGAUUAUACAGUAUAUAUUUAUGAUAUACAAUAUAUAUCAUGUACUUGCACAUUCAUGCAUUUCUAUUAUAUUUCAUUAGUAUUUAUGCACAGAAAUAUUUUUUUAUAUACCAGCUUCUUUUUGUAUUGUACAAUCAUAAAGUUGCUCCUUUUUUUUAACAAUAAAAAUUAUCUUAGUGUUUUAUGUAUUAAAAUUUAUUGCGUCUUCUGAUACAAUUACAUGACAAUAUUUGUAAAUUUUUCUCUACAUUUCUCUUAUGGAAGAGUAUAGCAAUUAGGUGUUUAUGAAAGAAUUAAAAAAAAUUAUUAGGAAAAUAAUGAAGCCUUAAUCUUUAUAUAAUGUUUGCAAAUGUUUAUAAAGCCUUUGAUGUAUCAGUAAAAGGCGGUAUAAUGUGACAAUCUCUUCGUGCUAUAAAUAUAAAUUCAUAUCUUACAAAUAUGCCAUGUGUUACAAAUUUAAAGGAAAUUUGAAAAAAAGAACGCCUUUAUAAGAAAUAUCUUAUGUUUGUUUUAUGUAUAUAUGUAGCACACUUGUAUUAUACUUGUAGCUGAAGAAAUGCAGAAGAAAGUGCAUUAUAAUGGGAAGUAUAUUCAUAAUCAAGUUAUGUUUGUGUACAAAUAUGUUUAUACAAAAUAGUGUAAAGAAGAAAUACUUUAAAAAAUAUAGUGUUUAAAAAAUA